AUGGCACCCACACACAACCAGGAUCCGGUGGAAAUCAGCGCAAACGAUAUAAAUAACCUUGUUCAAAGAGUGGUGAAUUUGCACAAGAAAGGCUCAAGAACAAUUGUAUCAAUUGCAGGAGCACCAGGGUCGGGAAAAACUACGCUUGCACAUAGGAUAGUGGACGAACUUAACACAAAAUACAAAGCUAUAGUAUUGGGACAAGAUGGUUAUCAUUUGUACCGGCAUGAAUUGGCUGCAAUGGAAGACCCAGUAACGGCUUUUGAAAGAAGAGGUGCUCCUUUCACUUACAAUGUUGAGAAGUUUGUUCAGCUUGUGAAAAGCUUGAAGGAGCGUCAGAACGAAACCAUAACGGCGCCAACCUUUGAUCACAAACUAAAGGAUCCUACGGAAAAUGCAAUUGUCAUUGGACCAGAAAUCGAAUUCGUGAUUCUCGAAGGUAAUUAUGUUUCGCUACCAGAUGCCGGGUGGAACUCAAUUGAAGACUAUGUUGACGAAACUUGGUUCAUCGAGACUCCAGCCGACUUGGUUCGUGCUCGUAUAAUUAAAAGGCAUUUGGAAGCAGGAAUUUCUCAAACGGAAGAAGAAGCUACUCAGAGGGCGGAUGGGAGCGAUUUGCAAAAUGCAAGAUAUAUCGCUCAAAACUCCAAGAAAACGACGGUCAAGAUCAAGGGUGUCUAG